AUGAGUGUCCUCCAAGAGCAGACAUGUUUGACAACGCUCACUAUCCCUUCAACUGCUUCAACUACGAUGGAGACGGUUAUCCUUCAUCCAGCACCGACGACGACAAGAAGAUGUGCAGACCUGCCUACAGUGUGUGUGUGUGUGUCAGUUACAUCGCUCUGAUAGCCAUGGCCAUCCAGCAGAGUCCAGAUCAGCGGGUGACUCUUUCUGGGAUCUACGAGUUCAUCAUGAAGAGGUUUCCUUACUAUCGCUCCAACCAGAGAGCCUGGCAGAACUCCAUAAGACACAACCUGUCUCUCAACAGCUGCUUCAUCAAGGUUCCAAGGACAGAAGGUAAUGAGAAGGGAAAAGGAAACUUCUGGACUUUUGCCACUGGCUGUGAAUCAAUGCUCGACCUGUUUGAAAACGGAAACUUCCGGCGACGCCGACGCAGGAGGAACAUGAAAAUCAGUCUCCGAGACUCAGCAGAGACACCGUUCCACGCUCUGGAAAGCAACGCCAAUCGACACGCUCCUACAACCUGUCACCCAGAAUCUGAGUCCACCCUGUGCCCUCUGAACCCUGACAGACCCCGGCCCGGUCCACAGCAGAGUCACCCCCACCACCACCACCUGCUCCAACCAAACCCUCCUCAGCAGGGGAAACCAGAGUCUGAGAUCAAGUUUAGCAUUGACUACAUCCUGUCCACACCAGACCCGCCUCUGACUGGCUUCAGGUCGCCACAUAUUGGACCUACAGCGCCACCCAUACAUGUCCUGGAGUCACCACACCUGAACCUGCACUUCUGGACUCUGUGAGAAGUGUCUGAGGAGAGAUGGAAUAACAGACUGAAGGAGUUUAAGUCACUUUAAAAAA